CCCAGUUUCUCGCGGGCGGCAGGGCGAAGCCGGAGGCUGGGCAGUGUGUCUAGGGUACUCUGCGCGUCCUGUCUCGGAGCCAGCCCAGGAUUGGCGUCCGCCGUCCCCCAGCAUGGGUUCAGACGAGUCUAGCGGAGAGUUUGACUUCCCGAUGGCUUUGAAUGUGGUCCGCCCGGUGGCCUGUGUCGUCCUGGGCUUGGCGUUUAUCUUGGGCGUCCCGGGCAAUCUGGCAGUGGUGUGGACAGUGUGCCGAAAGAUGAAAACUCCUCAGCCCACGGUGCUGCUCAUCCUCAACCUGGCGGCCGCCGACCUGCUGGCGCUGGUGACGGUGCCUUUCUGGAUCCACGGGCUAACUGGCGUCUGGAACCUGGGACCCUCCGCGUGCCGGGUCCUGGUGUGGCUGGUGAACGGUUCCAUGUUCUCGGGCGUACUGCUCGUUACGUUGCUGAGUGCCGAGCGCGUAGCGGCUCUCAGCCGCCCCUUCCACCUGCAACGCUGGUGGCGGCGGGCCGGAACGCGCAGGGUGCUGGGGCUCCUGUGGGUGGUCUCCCUGGCGCUGGCGGCGCCCGCCCCGCUCACGGCGGACCCCAGCAGCUGCCUGAAUCGCCAAUUCUCGUCUGGCCGGCAGUUGGUGACGCUCCUCCUACUGGAGACGGUGGCGGGCUUCGUGGGGCCCUUCACUGUCAUUGCCAUCUGUUCUGCCUGCUUCCGUAGUCGUCUGCGCACGCUGUGCCACCCCUCCAAGCGCCGCGCCGGCCGCAUCGUGGCUGCCGUGGUGAUGGCCUUCGCCGGCUUCUGGCUUCCCUAUCACGUAUCUAACGGGGUGUCCGUGGCUGCCGAGCUGCUGGAAGACUCGUCCGAAGAGCUGGCCGACUGGCUACGCUCUGUGGCCUACGUGGGCCACAGCGCCUCGGGGCCUCUGAUCUUCUUGAGCAGCUGUAUCAACCCUCUGCUGUACGCCUUCGCCUCCCGUCGGAGCGGCGGGCUCCGGGGCUUGGCCGCCCUUUUCACCCGGAUGGUCCCUACUUUCGACAGCGAUGGGGCCCACAACGAGGCCAGCCAGAGUGGUGGGGGAAGCGCCUCUGACCAACCGGUGGCCUUGAACCGUCGUGAUUCUGCCUCGGGAAGCCCUCCAAAUUCAUCUCGAGUCCCCAAAUCUGAAGCAGGAGGCAGCCCAGCAGCCAGGCAAAUAACCAGGGAGGGUUUGUGAGUGGAUGGAAGAAUGGCUGAAGUCUAGCCAGACCUCCUCAACCUCCAGCUGUCAGUAUGAAGACAAAGGCUCCAAUUCCUGAAUUGACUGAGCGGCAUUUCAGACACCCCUCAAACGUAAGAGGGGCCAGCAGUAAGGUGUAAGCAGGCUGGGGACAAACUAUGCUGCUUCCAGGACUCCCUGCUAAAGAAAGAUCACCGCUGCCCCCUCAUCACACUUGCACCAACUCUUCAUUUCCUGCAGUCUUGAUGGGCCUCCUAGUAUUUGAAGGGGUGGGGGGAGGACACACAGAAAAGAAACAUUUAAAAAAAGAUGAGAUCAACAGUUCCUCCUUUGAAGAACCCUGACCCCAACAUGCCUUUCUAUAUUGCCUCAUAACGUGAGCCUACAAGACUAGCACUCAUUCAAAGAAUGGGGGUGGGGAUGAGGACACUGGCGACAGCUGGGUGGCUCAGUAAUUUGAGAGCCAGAUCUAACUGUCCUCAGACACUUCCUAGCUGUGUGACCCUGGGCAAGUCACUUGACCCUCCAUUGCCUAGCCCUUACUGUUCUUCCACCUUGGAAUUAGUGCACAGUAUUGAUUCUAAGAUGGACGUUAAGGGUUUAAAAAAGAAUAAAACACAGAGUGGAGGACUAAAUUUUCCAGAAAAAAAUACCUUCUCCCUAAAACCUCACACUUUACUCAAUAUAGUUUAGCCAUAAAGAUAGCCAGAAUAUUAGUUGCCUAAAGGAAAGCAUAGUAUUUAGGGCUGGGAGGAAGUUUAGAAAUCAUCCCUCCCUUUUACAGCUAAGGAAACUGAGGCCCAUAGAAGUUAAGUGACUUGCCCUAUCUUGGGGCAGAUUGGGGUUCCUAUCAAUCUUCAUGUUUUAGGGAGACCGUGUCUGUUGUUGGAGAGGUGAUAGAUUAUUCAGCCAGACUCUUAGACACUAUGAAGUGACAGAGAAGUGGAAGGAAGGGGGAUUCUUCAGAUCUCUAGCAUCAGUACUCUGAGCGUGGGGAACCUGUGCUCAGGAACAAUUAUAGACAAUUUGUAGCAGGUGCAGAAUGCUUACACCUGGCUGGAGUUGGUAGUUCAUAGACAGUGUUUGUUCAUUCCAGCUACUUGGAGGAGGAACUUUCUUCUGUGUUUCCGCUCCCACCGUUCUUGCUUUGGAUGUAGAUAGCGUUUUUUCUCUUAAGUCCCUCAGAACUGUCCUGGAUCAUUGCAUUGCUGCUAGUAGAGAAGUCCAUUAUGUUUGACUGUACCACAGUGUAAGGUGGGGGGACUAGAAUCUAGCCUUUCACUUCUCAGAAUGGCAAUGAUAAAAGUUAAAGCAGAAUAUUGUACGUAUUGGGGCAGCUUCAGGAAAACAGGCACAUUAAUGAAUUGUUGGUAGAACUGUGAAUUGGUACAGCCAUUCUAGAAAGCAUUUUGGUGUCAUAUCUCCAGUCGCCAAAUUGUGCAUGCUUAGCAGUGCCUCUAAUAAGCCUGAGAUGUGUGUACAAAAAUACUUUUGGCAGUGCAAAGAACAGGGACCUAAGGAGGGUACCCAGUAAUUAAGGAAUGGCUGAAAACGUUAUGGUAUCUGUACAUACUAUAAUGAAAUACAUUUAUGCCAUUCAAAAUGGCCAAAAGUUCAGAAAAAUGUGAGGAGACUUUUAUAAACUGAUUCAAAGUGCAAAAACUUUGAAAGGCUAGAGAUCUCUGAUCAAUGCAAUUAUUAGCCAUGAUUCCAAGGUUUGGUAAUAAUCUAUGUUGUCUCUUUUCUCCUAAGGGAGAAAUGACAGAUUCAGGAUGGACUGAGAUAUUUUAAAACAUGGUCAACAAGGGAAUUUGUUUUUCUUGACCAGCCAUAUUUGUUACAGAGAGUUUGUUUUUCUUUUUUUCUUUACAUUGAGGAGGGAGAGUAAGAAAACAAAUACUUGUUAAUUGAAAAAUAAAAUAAAAAUUUUAACAUAAAAAAUAAAAGAAUCCAGGAUUCCAGGCAGACAGGGAAAUUUCCUGAGCAGCACUGGCUUUGAAAUUGCCUCAUGAGUUACUUUGCCUUCAAAGUCCCUGAGUUUGAGACUUCAGUUAUGAUAGCAAAACCAGUAAGUUCCUCGCCCAAUAUAAAUCUAGAUCCUGAAAUUUAAAUUCUUUAAAUGGUCAACUGAAUCCUUGAUGAAGAUGAAUUAAAUAGGAAAGGAAUUGCUUGAUGAGCAGUCUCCAAAGUAUGUCUACCUUCCAGAGGGGGUCUGAACUAUGUGGAUUGAGAAGACUAUAAAGCACUCUGGGGGGGGGGGGGGGGAAGCGGAGUUCUAAGUCUAAAAUGUCAACCUCAAGUUUGGUUCCCUUUUGUGGGGAACUGAUCAGCCAUUUCAGUGUUUUAUAUAUUUUUCUUAUUUAUGGGCUCCUCUGAGUACUUUGCAUUUUGUGUAUUUUUUGUGAUUUGAAAGAAAGACUGUCUUGCAUUUGGUAUCUUGAGUGCUUGUGCUUACCUACAUUGGGGAAACAGACAGGACUAUAUAGCCUAGGUAUGUUAGGAUAUUUUAUUUGAACAAUUUCAGAAGAGGCAAUGGGCCAAAGAGAGAAAGUGAUGGAUUAGAACUAGGUCUGUGUACCUUCACAGCAUUUGGUUGUAAACAUCCUUAACUUUCUUUGAUUGUUUUUAUCUUUUCUUCCUUUCCUUCUUUCCUUCCUUCUUUUUUCUUCCCUCUCCUUUACUUUCUUCCUCUUUUUCAUUCUUUCUGUAUUUUUUUUUCUGUCUCUCUUUCCUUCUUUCUCUCUUCCUCCUUACCUUCUGUCUUACAGUUAAUACUAAUUAUCAGUUCCUAGACAGAAGAACAGUAAGGACAAGGCAAUUGGGGUUAAAUAACUUGUCCUGGGUCACACAUCUAGGAAGUAUGUGAGACCAGAUUUGAAGGCAGGUCUUCCAGAUUUCAGAUCUGGUUCUCUAUCUACUGUGCUAGUGGCCCCUAAUCCAUAGCUUUCUUAAAAGCACAAGUCACCUUUUAUUUGAGGCCUUUUCUCAUUUUCUUAGUUGAUCAAGCUCUCUCUCUUGUAAUGACUUUGUAUUAUCUGUCCUCUCCCUGGAGAAUAUAAGAUUCCUGAAGACAGGGACUUUUUAUAAUGUUUCUGUCCCCCUCUCAGCACAGUGCUUCAAAUAUGGUAGCCACCUGACAAAUUCUUUAAUUGACCAGAAGCCCUUUGGUUGAGCCCAAAGGAGUAGAAUUAGACACAGUUUCAAAAGUCUGGCAAGUUUGAAAGUAUGCCAAGUUAAAAGGACUACAUGAGACUCAUAAUUACUUAUUCACACAUGUUUCUACUCUGAGAGCUCUACAUAGUGAAAUGAAGGAUUAUUUGAGCUCUAAACUACUGACUUCAUGUGCUUUGAAGCAGAGAACAUGGUGGGCAGAGCAAGGGAAGAGAAGGAAACCUGUAAUUUGAUUUUAGAAGUCUGGGGCUUGGAAUAGAAUCACCUGAUCCCUCUGAUGGUUGAGAUAGAAACUUAGCCAAGGUGGCCAAGCCUAUAGUCAGCCCAACCCCUGUCCAAAUCUAACCUCAGACACUUCUUACUUGUGUGACCCUGGGUAAGUCACUUAACCCCCAUUGCCUAGUCCUCACUGUUCUUUUGCCUUGGAACCAAUACCUGUUGAUUCUAAUACAGAAGGUAAAGGUUUAAAAAGAAAGUCAAGAGAUGGUGACCAUCAAGACUGUUGUCUAAUAUUGGAAAAUGAGAUGCCCUUCAAUUGGAGAAUGAUUGAACAAACUGUGGUAUAUGUUGGUGAUGGAAUACUAUUGUGCUAAAAGGAAUAAUAAAGUAGAGGAAUUCCAUGUGAACUGGAACGACUUCCAGGAAGUGAUGCAGAGUGAAAGGAGCAGAACCAGGAGAACAUUGUACACAGAGACUGAUACACUGUGGUACAACCGAAUGUAAUGGACUUCUCUCUAAGCAGCAAUGCAGUGAUGCAGGACAGUUCUGAGGGACUUAUAAGAAAGAACUGUGGGAGCAGAAACACAGAAGAAAAACAACUGCUUGAUCACAUUGGUCUAUGGGGAUAUGAUUGGGGAUACAGACUCUAAACGAUCACCCUUGUGCAAAUAUCAAAAAUAUGGAAAUAGGUCUUGAUCAAUGACACAUGUAAAACCCAGUGGAAUUGUGCAUUGGCUAUGGGAGGGAGUGGGAGGAGCGGAGGGAAAGAACAUGAAUCAUGUAACCAUGGAAAAAUAUUCUAAAUUAAAAUUUUUCAA